AUGGUGUCUGCAACGGACGAGCGUAUGUCUGUGAACGAGCUGAAAAAGAAAACUUGCAUGUCCUUUAUCCCCGAGCUGUGUGUGGGGCCACCGCGGGUGGUAGGCUCAGGGGGGGCGCCGUCGCACGGAUUGGCCGCGUGUGACUACUGGUGCGCCAGAGGCGGACCAACCCACACUAGUGCUUGCGAGCACUUGCCCUUGCGCUUUUCACGACGCGGCGGGGCCUGGUGCUGCUGGCUACUUGGGUGCCCGCGGGGCCUGGUGCGGGCCUGGUGCGGCUGGCUAUUUGGGUGCCCGUGCGGGGCCUGGUGCUGCUGGCUACUUGGGUGCCCGGGGGGCCUGGUGCUGCUGGCUACUUGGGUGCCCGCGGGGCCUUGGUGCUGCGCGGGGCCUGGUGCUGCUGGCUACAUGAAUGCCCGUGCGAGGGCCUGGUGCUGCUGGCCACUUGGUGCUGCUGGCUACUUGGGUCUGCGCGGGGCUACUUGGGUGCCCGUGCGGGGCCUGGUGCGGCUGGCUAUUUGGGUGCCCGUGCGGGGCCUGGUUCUGCUGGCUACUUGGGUGCCCGUGCGGGGCCUGGUGCUGCUGGCUACUUGGGUGCCCGUGCGGGGCCUGCUGGCUACUUGGGCGCCCGCGGAGCCUGGUGCUGCUGGCUACUUGGGUGCCCGUGCGGGGCCUGAUGCUGCUGGCGACUUGGGUGCCUGUGCGGGGCCUGGUGCUGCUGGCUACUUGGGUGCUCGUGCGGGGCCUGGUGCUGCUGGCUACUUGGGUGCCCGUGCGGGGCCUGGUGCUGCUGGCUACUUGAAUUUCCCCUGGUGCUGCUGGUGCUGCUGGCUACUUGGGUGCCUGUGCCUGGUGCUGGCUACUUGGGUGCCCGGACACCCAAGAAACCAGCAGCACCAGGCCCGCACGAUCCAAGGCCCCGCAGAGGAAAUUAAGUAG